GAACUGCGCCACCUUGGGGAAGCAGAUCGAAGAGCGGGACGCCAAGAUGGAGAAGGCUCUGCAGGAGAUUCCUGGGCUCUCCGCUGGCGUCUCUGGUGCUCGGGAUUGCAGGUGCAGGUGCUCUCGCCUUUGCGUGCACGUGAGCGGAGAG